AUGAGUAUAGAUUUACUAUUUAUUAGUUUAGAAUCAUUAGUUAGUUUUGUUUAUAAUAUCUCAACAAAACCAGAAAUACCUAAAAAACUAUGGAGUCAAAUAGAUAAUAAUUUAAAUAAUGAAUUAAAUAACUUUAAUAAUAUAAUAAACAAUAGACUAGAUAAUAGUGAUGGCAAUAACUUUAAUAGUAAUAAUAAUAAUAAUAAUAAUACUAAACCAAAGAAAAAGGAAAUUAUAUCACCAAAUGAUUUAGAAAAUUUAGAAAUAAAUGACGAUGACGAGGACAAUGAACAAGUUGGUCAAGAACAACAAGGUAAAGAAAAAACAAAAAGUGAAAAUCAAAAAGAUAUAGAUAAAGAAUACCUAAUAUUGGCAGAUAAUGAAAAAGAAAAAUUUAAAUACUAUUUAAAAUCAAUUAUAAGCAGAUACAAUGAAAACUUCAAUUUAUUUUCAAAUUUAGUUCAUCAUUUGUUUUCAAAAGAAUACUCAAACUCUAUUGAAUUUAUAAAGUUUAAAUAUAGUUUAUUAAUGAAGGAAAUACUGGUAGAAAUUUGUAAAAAUAGUGAUAAGGAAUUACCAAUUUCAUUUAACGAUCAAAAAAUUAUUAAAAGCGAAUUAGAUUUAAUUGUUGGCUGGGUAAUUUUACCAAGUUUUUUAAAUGGUAUUGGUGUACCAAUGGGUAAAAGGGUAUCAAGUAGCAGCAUUGUAAUAGAACAAAUAUUUAGUGGCAAUGAUGAUAACCAAGCCAGUUAUAGAUCAAACGAAAAGUACUGUUGUUUUCAAAUGAACCACUUUAUAAAGUCACUCUUGGAAAUUAGAAAGCUAAAUUUAGAUGUGAACUCAAUUAUUAUUUCAAGAUAUCUCUCAGAUUUGUUUGCAGGAAUUUUACAAUUGAUAAAUUUAAAAACAUCACCAUUAAAUUUAGAACAAAAAAAAGAAAUCUCAAGUGAAAUUGAUCAAUUGCUUUAUGGAGUUUACCCAGAGAUUGUAUUUGAAUCACUAACAUUACUGUUAUCAUCGUCACUGUCAACAGUCAAUCAGCCUCCAAUAUGGUUUAGCAAAUGUAUUGGUCUAAUGUUAUCCAAGUGUUUAAUGAGACCACACUCUGUUAAAAUUUUAAUAAACUCAAUUCUAUCAUCAAAUAUCCAGGGUAAAACAUCAAAUAAACCAAUUCAAAAUAUAGUUAGACUUAUUACAUCGGUACCAUCUACCAUGAAGAUUGAAGAGUACUAUAGUAAAGUAGCACCUCAAAUUAUAGAUGUCCUUCACCAGCGUGACAGAGAGCGUUCGAACAAAUCCUCAAAGGUUUUAGAUGCAUCCCUAUCGAUUAUAGAGUCAAUGUUAAACGAUCAGCCAGAGCUUACUAUUCAAUACAUUAUUGAACCAAUUAUCAAACCAUUUUUAAUAUUCCAAAACCAUAAAUCAACUGCAACUACAACUACAACCAGCACUGAAGAUGAUACAAUUGUUGUUAAAGAGAUUGAUUUGUUCUAUUCUAUUGAAGAUUUACAUAAACUAAUUUCAAAGCUAUCACUUAAUCAAACAUUUUUGGACUCUAUAUCAAGAAUUAUACCAACAUUGUUUCAACUUUAUUGCUUUGUAUCAAAAUCAAUUUCAUCCCUCAAAAUAUCAUGUAAAGAAAUCCUAUCAACAUUUUUUAAAUUUUCAAGUAACUCUGUUAGUGAAUUAAAAAAUUUAAUAUUACCAAAACAAAAUAAUAAUAAUAAUAAUAAUAAUAAUAAUAAUAAUAAUAAUAAUAAUAAUAAUAAUAAUAACAACAAUAAUAAUAAUUCCAAU